UCUAUCGUAUGAAUGCAUUGCAGUAAACAUAGUGUGGAUAAUGUGUUCACACGUUAUGUGCUGUAAACACAAUUAAUUAGUUAAUUGUAUUUAAUUGUAAACCAAUUAAUGGUUACAAACUGAUAGCAAUUGAUGAACAAUUAGUGCUAAUGUUUCAUAACAUCUCAUAUUCAGUGCAAAAUCAAAGCCCAAAACUAAUAAAAGAUAAUUAAAUAGUGAAACAAAUACUAUAUUUCGCGGACCAUAUGUUCAAUGGUCUCAAGAGAUUAGUGUCCAUCACAUCCCACUAUCCAUCGGUUGUCGCCAUUGUAGUGACGGUCGCAUCCAUUGGCAGCCCCUCCGAAGACCCCCAAGAAGUGCCCAUUCAGUGAUCGCGCGGUCGUCCAGUCGAGUCAAUUGAUCCCUAAAUGAAAUUGAUUUGCAAUGAUAUGAUGGCCACCGAUGACAUCACCGAAUGUAUGUUUACCGUCGGAAGUCUGGUCUCGUGUCUCACCUGUUAUGACGUCCGCAUCGACGGUGAGGUCAUUGCUUUCGAUUACACCAAACGGCUGCUCGUCUUAAAGGCUAAUAGCAGCGAUGGCAACGCCAACCACAAUGAUAUCCAUUGUCUGAAUCUGGAGUCUGUCAAAGACGUGACCGUCAAGAAGGAGGUGAAGCGCGAGGAUGUGGUCAACACUCAGUUGCCGCAGAUUAACACAUCCAAGGUCGAGGACCGAUACCGUCGAGCAGUCGAUGAACGCAAACGAUUGGCCGAAGCCUUCAAUGCUGGCGCCGGCACUGAAGGCAUCAAAUUAUGGCUUCAAUUGACCAAAACUAUGAAUAAGGAUGUAGUGGUCGUAUGGGACGGCGACUGUAUAAUUGUGGACAACAGCGUCCGAAUCGCACCGCCAUAUAAGGCCGACAAUUGUACGCCACUUAAGACCAGAACCAACUCUCCACAGAAUUCUUUGAAUUAUACAAAAAAAUUGGUCGAGAAGUUUUGGAACGACCAGAAGGCGAACGCCGUGGCCGCCAAACCCACGGCCACCGCACCGGCGGCGCCCCCCACUGGCACCCAACCGGCACCGGCUGUUACCGCGGCGCAGGUGGUCUCGAGCGCCGUCAACAAGAGCGCCGCCACCGCCGCCACGAACUCCAUUCAGCCGACAGACAAACCGCCGUUUAAUAACAACAAGGGAUGAUAGCACGGGAGGCCGUGUUUUCCACGCGUUUUAAUAAACAAAUUAUUAAAUAAUUUUUAGUAACAAUUUUUAAGUCAAUUGAACGGAAAAAUGUUUAUUUGAACUCAUUUUUUACGUAACGGAUUAGCGACUCGUAUCCCAAAACAAAAAGCGAUGAAUGAAUCGAUGAAUUGAUUUAAUUUGUAUUUUUCUCUUCGAUAGACUUAGAAAUGAGCGAAACUUUUGUGUUUUUUUCGAUAUUUAAAUUUUGCCCCAAAAUUAUUCCCAAC